ACCGACGGCGGGUCGCAGGGGGCGCUGGUCGGAUAUCUGGACGGAGUGACAACAUCGACCGCACGGCGCUUCACCGGCGAGAGGACUGCUUGUUGUUAGCUUGUUACAGCUCUCGACGAGAUUGUCCAUCAUUCAAUUGAUACAGGGGCUGUCCCAAGGUGCCCACGGUCCCGCCCCCCCCGCCCCACCCUCGGCAUAGGCCUCCCUUUUCUACUCCUCUCAACACCCUUGAGGUUCAGAGCCCCUCUCCCCCUCGCCCUUGCCCCUACCUCCCCUCCGACCUCAAGACACUGAGGCCGCCAGACUGCAGCCAAGCUGUCUGACAUGUCUGGACCGGUUCCGAGCCGGGCCCGCGUGUACACGGAGGUCAACACACACCGGCCCAGGGAGUAUUGGGACUACGAGUCCCACGUGGUGGAAUGGGGGAAUCAGGAUGACUUUCAGCUGGUGAGGAAGCUGGGCCGGGGAAAGUACAGCGAGGUCUUUGAGGCGGUCAACAUCACCAACAACGAGAAGGUGGUGGUGAAGAUCCUCAAGCCGGUGAAGAAAAAGAAAAUCAAGCGGGAGAUCAAAAUCCUGGAGAACCUUCGGGGAGGCCCCAACAUCAUCUCUCUCAUUGAUAUCGUGAAAGAUCCCGUGUCCCGCACUCCAGCAUUGGUUUUUGAACACGUCAACAACACAGACUUCAAGCAACUGUAUCAGACCUUGACCGACUAUGACAUCCGGUUUUACAUGUAUGAGAUCCUUAAGGCCCUGGACUACUGCCACAGCAUGGGAAUAAUGCACCGGGACGUCAAGCCUCACAACGUGAUGAUUGACCACGAGCAUCGCAAGCUGCGCCUCAUAGACUGGGGUUUGGCCGAGUUCUACCACCCCGGACAGGAGUACAACGUCAGAGUGGCCUCCCGCUACUUCAAAGGACCCGAGCUUCUGGUGGACUAUCAGAUGUACGACUACAGUCUGGACAUGUGGAGCUUGGGCUGCAUGCUGGCCAGCAUGAUCUUCAGGAAGGAGCCCUUCUUUCAUGGUCACGACAACUAUGAUCAGUUGGUGAGAAUAGCCAAAGUACUGGGAACUGAAGACCUGUACGACUACAUAGACAAGUACAACAUUGAGCUGGAGCCGCGCUUCAACGACAUCCUUGGCAGACACUCCCGUAAGCGGUGGGAGCGCUUCGUCCACAGUGAGAACCAACACCUGGUCAGCCCCGAGGCGCUGGACUUCCUGGACAAGCUUCUGCGCUAUGACCACCAGGCCAGGCUGACGGCCCGCGAGGCCAUGGACCACCCCUACUUCUUCCCGAUCGUGAAGGACCAAGCUCGCAUGGCGGGCUCUGCUAACUUGCCCGGUGGGAUCCCAGCCGUCAGCACGGCCAACAUGAUGACUGGUAUCUCUGCCCUACCAGCCUCCACUGCCAUGGGCCCGCUCUCUGGCUCACCCGUCUUGUCCGCUGCCAACAACUCCCUGAGCGCCGCCGUGCCCGCCGCCGCCGCCGCCCCCCAGUGAGGAGGCCCCCUGGCGCCCCCCAGUGAGGAGGCCCCCGGCGCCCCCCAGUGAGGAGGCCCCCGGCGCCCCCCAGUGAGGAGGCCCCCGGCGUCCCCCAGUGAGGAGGCCCCCGGCGCCCCCCA